UAAAUGGGUAGAUGUGUGUGUAAAAACUUUACAUGGUAGCAUUUAUUUGUUUGUGUUGAUGUUUGUUAUACUUUUUAUUCAAACUGCAGUGUAUCUAAACAGCACUUCUAAUGCGGUAGAAGAAGCAGAAGAAAUUGCUUGGAAUCAACUAGCACCUUUGGGGGAAGCAGGUGGACGAAGACACAGCAGCUGAAAGUCACUAGCCAAAAGCCAUUCAAGCUAAGAACUGAGCAAAGUGGAAGAUUCAGCAUCCGGAGGAGCAAGAAGCAAGGGCAAUGCAAGGUGCAUCAUCAGGCAUAGGAUACGGUCUAAAAUAUCAGGCUCGAUGCAUUUCGGAUGUAAAGGCAGACACGGAUCACACUACCUUUCUGGCUGGCACUCUCAGCCUCAAAGAAGAAAAUGAGGUUCAUCUGAUUCGGCUUUCGUCGAGUGGAACUGAAUUGUUCUGUGAAGGAUUGUUUUCGCACCCGAAUGAGAUUUGGGACCUUGUCUCAUGUCCUUUCGAUCAACGGAUCUUCUCAACCGUUUACUCUAAUGGUGAAACUUAUGGAGCAGCAAUAUGGCAGAUCCCUGAGUUAUAUGGCGAGUUGAAUUCGCCUCAGUUAGAAAAAAUUACAUCGCUAGACGGUCAUGCUGGUAAGAUUAAAUGUAUUCUCUGGUGGCCAUCUGGAAGGCAUGAUAAAUUGAUCAGCAUCGAUGAGGAGAACCUCUACUUGUGGAGUCUAGAUGCUUCCAAGAAAACUGCACAAAUACAAUCACAAGAUUCAGCUGGCAUGCCCCACAAGAUAUCUGGUGGGGCAUGGGAUCCACAUGAUGUGAAUUCUGUUGCCGCAACUUUUGAAUCAUCUCUCCAACUAUGGGAUGUCAGAGCAAUGGGGAAGACUAUUUCAAUUGAAUGCUCCCAUGUACGCAGUGUUGAUUAUCACCCGAAAAGGAAGCACGUACUUGUUACUGCAGAACAUGAGUCUGGGAUACAUAUCUGGGAUCUAAGAAAACCAAAAGUUCCCAUCCAAGAGCUUCCAGGACAUACGCAUUGGACAUGGAUUGUCAAAUGUAACCCUGAGUAUGACGGAGUGAUCUUGAGUGCUGGUACAGAUUCAACAGUGAACCUGUGGCUUGUCUCUCUAGGCAAUGAUGAUGUAUCAACUGAGAGCCAAACUGAGUCACCUACUCAUUGGGUUGAUCCUUUAAUCAAUACGUAUAGUGAUUAUGAAGACAGCAUUUAUGGGCUCACCUGGAGUUCUCGUGAACCAUGGAUCUUUGCAUCGUUAUCCUAUGAUGGCAGGGUGGUUGUAGAAUCGGUUAAACCUUUCAUCUCCAAAAAAUGAAGUUAAAAUAAAAAAUCAUGCCGUUGUCACCAUUUUGCCUUCUUGUUCUGCAUCGAUAGUUUCCUGCUCCCCUGGUAUUGAGAUAAACAGAUGACUAGAAGACCCAAAUUGUCAUUACAUCAUGGUACCAUUGGCGGGUUCAUGUGGCAAACAUGUUUAAUGUUUUAUGUGCAUAACAUCCUUGACCAGCAGCCAUUCAUAGCCCCGAAAGCAAUGACAUUGUUUUGGAAAUUUUUUCGUUUAGGUUGGUUUAUGUUUCUAACAUUCUUUGGUACGUUUCCACAUGUAAUUCAUGGUUAAACCUAAUGCUUAGUUGCAAAACCUCAUCAUUUGUGCUAAAUUGUGGUCUGAGGGGCGAGGUGGAAUGUUGAAUGCGUUCCAUUAUUAACAGUCUAUUAUAAUGACUCACCUUCAUUGUACUUUUGAUUUGGAUAUAAUCAAAUCUCAGUUGAACAACAA